CUGGUCGGAGCAGCCGCCGUGUUUUGCAGAAGCGAGGGCCGGCGACUGGAUGUCUCCUUGCUGUUUGCAGUGAAAGAUGGCCGAUCUUUGCAGGAGGCUCUGGGUGCUCCAGGCGAACCUCUGGCUGAUUGCUCUGGUCACAGGUGGGAUCUCAGCAGACAACAGCACCAGGAACAGCACAGGCGGCAGAUGCCCCAUGGUGCUGCAGCAGCCGCGCUACCAGGCAGCCAAGGUGGGCACGGUUGUCCACUUCAUCUGCUACUCCCCGGAGCCCCAUAGCAUGCAGUGGUACAAAACAGCAGAGGACAGCGAUGACCUCCAUGAGCUGGAUCACAGCAUCUCCCGCUACAGCAUCGAGUGGAAAGACAAAUCCAUCAAUUUCACCAUCUUCAGGAUCACCUACAAGGACAACGGCAUCUAUGUGUGCGACAGCAAGAACCUCACAGGGGGGAAGAAGCAGCCGCACGUGUGCGGGACAGAGCUCAGGGUGCUGGGUCACAGUAACAUCCAGCAGAUCCAGAGCAGGAACACCCUGAAAGAUGCCAUCAUCAUCAUCCAGUCCAUCCUGCUUGUCAUCUUCAUCAGCGUCCCCAUGCUCCUCUUCCUAGAUAAAGGUGAAGGCAAGGAAAGCCCGGAGGAGGACCACACCUAUGAGGGCCUGGAGGUGGAGCAGAUGGCCACCUACGAGGACAUCACUCCUUUCCGGGACGUGAAGGCCAAGUGGACAGUUGGGGAGCACCCGGGUGAAGAGUGAAGGGUCCUGCGCCCACCGCCAGGCCAGCACCAGCGGCACAGCUCCCUGCCAGCACCCUGCCAGCACCCGUGGGGACGGGCCCCUGGCUCCUGCCCUGGACCACGGCUCUGACAGGCGCCUGGAUCCCAGGCUGCGAUCCUGGACUGCAAGCCACCUCCAGCAGCCCUGCAUGGAGCUCGGGUCCUGCUGCCUUUGGGUGCUGGCUUUGCCACGUCCAGGCUGUGCCCACCAAGGCUGCCCUGCCCUGGCUGUCACUCCUACCGCCCCGCUGAUGAACCCCUAGAGCCUAUGUAGAAAUUAGGAGCCAACCGCAGUCCCCCCCAUCCCCGGUAGCAAACUGUCCCCAAACCCUGGGCAGCCCCACACCACGGCACUGAGCUCCUGCACGGUUAAUGCAAUGGCAGCACCAGGGCGGGUGGUGGGUCUCCUCCAGCCCCACCUGGGAUGGAAAGGAGCAGUUAUGAUCACUCUCCAUGCUGCAAGGACCAUCCUGGGCUGUGAGACCCUCGAGCAGAGGAGCUGAGCUGAGCAGCGCCAUGUGGGUGCUACAUGAAGCGGAUUUUGGGCCACCAUUUACCUCUCAAGCCAUGGACACAUCCAGCAGACCACGCUGGCAGUUGUCGGAGAUGGAGGAUCCUCCAAAAGCACCUCUUUCUCCCCAAAGACUACAGGAAGAGUUGGGGAGACAGCUCUCACCCAGACGGUCUUGCACAAGGCUUGCUCCUCUCCAGGCAAGAGCUGUCACAAGGACGUCCCCUUAGUGAGGGACACAUGCG